AAGGAUCGAAGAAGUUUCGAGAAAACGAGGGGGAGCUCCAUUUCCAGUGAACAGUUAGGUUAAAAUUUUCUUCAAGCACAACGUGCACGCGAGUACGCCGGUUCAAAGCACCUGGUGCAAUUUACAAACGUACAAAAAACAAUUAACCAAACAAAAUGUCUGCUGCAGCAUUAGCCAAAAGAGUUAUCCCGCUUCUGGACAGAGUUUUAGUACAAAGAGCAGAAGCAAUUACUAAAACGAAGGGAGGUAUUGUGUUGCCUGAAAAAGCACAAGCUAAGGUUCACAGAGGAACGGUCGUUGCUAUUGGACCCGGAUCAAGAAAUGAGCAAGGAACACAUGUUCCCUUAAGUGUCAAGGUCGGGGACAUGGUACUUUUGCCAGAAUAUGGUGGCACAAAAGUUGAAUUGGAGGACAAAACAGAGUUCCACUUAUUCCGUGAAUCUGACAUUCUCGCCAAGAUUGAAUCUUAAGGACGUUGUAUUGUUGACACUACUAUAGAUGUUUGCAUCCAUCACCAAGGUGUCAUAAAUGAAUGCGAUAAAUCAUCCGGAUUGUGAGACAUAAAAAAAUGACUAAGGUCAUUAAAUCAGGAGAGACAGUGGGAAAGUUUGACACAUAAAAUAUAACGAAAAACAUUAAAAAACAAAACAGAAAACGAAAACGUUGACAGUUCACACAUUGUGUUACAUUAUUUCUUUUCUAAGUUUACUAGCAUAUAGGUCUCAUUGUUUCAUAUAUAUUUUCAAAAUAAUAAAAUGAUUCAUUCAUUUUGAUCCA